AUGCUUAAAUCAGUUUCAGAUGCUUUUAGUCAAUAUGUUUCUGUAGUUCGGAAACCAAACACUUCCAGGUCAUGCGACUUCAAACAUCAUAUUGUUCUUGUUGAACAUUUUUUCAAUCUUAUUUUCACCGAAUUUCAUAAAACUCCACCCGUUUGCGUUUGUGUACAAAUGUGCCGAGAUCAUCCAAUGUACUGCUAUCCGAGUGGUUGUAUGAAAACGAACGACAUGCGAAAAAAGUAUCCAAACACUCCGGUAGUCCAUCCUCCAUCUCGGACGGAAUUUAAUGUUACAGCAAAUUCUGCAUAUGUUGUUGAUAACGGUGAAGAACAAACUAGGAAUAAUUAUAUCGAUGAUUUUCUAGACGGCAAUCUUGGAAUAAAGAAAGCUAUCGGUGAAGACGAGGUAAUUAAAAACGAAAUGUUCAAAACUAAUCCUCUUAAAGAUCGAUAUAAGAUGGUAUUUAAAUACAAAAGAUUGCCUAAAGUGGAAAUGAGGUACAAUUUAAGAGAACAAGUGAAAAAUGUAAAAGCUGAUAAACAAAAACAUGAAAAUUAUGAUAUGUCUAAUCAAAGAUGGCCGAAAGGGAAACAUUGGAUACAUAGUAGGCAAUUAAUUGAAGGAAUUCCACCGCUAAAAAUUGACGAGAAUAGAUCUAAAAAAUAUUAUAUGUUUACUGAAAAUGAUCCUACAAAGUAUACUUCUCCAAAAUACUUUAAAAGAGAUGCUUCAAAGUUCACUAACGAGGAAGCAAUAAAUGUUGAAACAUUAUACUUAUAUCAAACUGAUACUGAUAGUCCUAAUAUGUCCGUGGAGUCCGUGAUUGAUAAUUUAAUAGAAAGUAGUUUCGAAGGGCUCACCAAUCUAGUAAGCAUGGAGGACAAUAAUACUUUAAAUCAAUCAGUUAAUGAAAAAACAUCAACAGUUUCAAAUAUGUAUCGGGCCAAAAAUGCGAUAGUUCAAAAUGGAACGUUUGUUAAUACAACAGAAUUUAAGGAUUCACUGAAAUUUUAUUUUACAACUACUGCAUCAACAUUGGAAGAAACAACGAUACAAAAUGAAAAUGUAGAUGAUCCAAAUAUUAUUUUACAGAGCAAAGCUAAUUUUCUAGAUGUUAUAGCAAAAAUGUCUAAUAAAAUAGAACAACAGAAUAAUGCAUCAAUUGAAAUAAUUAAUAGAAUGACUGGUCACAAUAAUUUAAAGCAUUUUACACCGAGGUUAAGAUAUUUUGAAGAAAAAUAUAAUAACUUAAGUAACGUUAGCAAAGAUAUUGAGAAAUCUACAGAAAUACCAAGUAUUAAAAGAGAUAUAAUUAUAAUAGCUUUUAAUACUUCACUGGAUGAAAAAGUAACAAAAAAUAGUACUAAUAAUGUAUAG